AUAAACACAACGUUGCAUCAUUGUUAUUGUGGUAGUUGGAGCUCCAGCUGCUUACAGACAUUUCGCCACCAUUUCGCCUACCUUUAAGGCCUCUAAAGCUGUGAACACGCAGAAUUAUACCGAAGAAAUGUCGCUCCAGAAGGACGGUUCAUCCGACGAGAGCUUGCAAGGCUCCUGGGUCGAGCUGCAUUUCAGUGGCUCCCAAAACACCAGUCACCACGGGAGCCAGGAGCAAAUCCCCACGUCCAGCCAGGAGGGCGACUUGGAGAAAAUGCUGCUGGAGGCUCAGCAUGAGUCUGGCAGGAACAGCUCCAGGGGAAGCUCUCAGUGCAACAGCCCACUCAGAGCACAGACCCCGCUUCUGAUGUGGAGAGGCUCAGAGGGAAACAGCUCGCAGUCCGAUGAAGACUUCCAAGAAAGACGACGGGAAGUAGAGAACCUGAUGAAGAAAAAUGCCGACUGGAUCUGGGACUGGUCUAGUCGACCUGAGAACAAUCCACCAAAGGAGUUCCUGCUGAAGUACCCUAAGCGCUCGACCUCUCUCAGCAUCAGGAACACCAGCGUCAUGAAGAAGGGAGGCGUUCUGUCUGCUGACUUUCUGAAGCUUUUCCUUCCCUCAUUAAUCAUUUCUCACAUACUUGCUGUUGGCUUGGGAAUCUAUAUCGGGAAGCGCCUCACCUCACAUAACACCUACUGAACAGGAUGGUGGUGUGUCGCGACACCUCCUCACCUUCAUACAACCAUCUCGGCAUGCCUUAAAACGGGACCCUCGGUGGAUCAAGGGAGAUGUGGCCAUGUGACGUGGUCCAAUUUGAUUGAGCGCCCUACAUUGUCCUCACCAGCGUGGAGAGUUCAGGAUCUUGUCAUUGCUGUUUUUUUUGGCUCUAAACACAGUAGUGACCAAUAUGCUGCUCCUUGCUGUUGUCCUGGAGAUGACUGUUUUGCUGCUUUCUGCUCCUUAAAUCUGCACAUUAGGGAACUGAUAUAUAUAUAUAUUGUACGUGACUGCCUUUUUAUUUUUGUGAUUGAAAUCGCAUUUGAUUUAGAAUAAUGUACUGUUGCAGUUUUGUUUUUUUUUAGAUCAGCAGUGGAUCAAGGAAAUUGUUUUGACUAUUUUUUAAUUCUUGUGUAGCCAAAGGAUUACUAGGCUAGUGUUUAAGUGACUGCACCUAUUACUGAUUGCUCAAAUGCUCAUUAACAAAUUGUUACUGUACUGAAAAAUCACAUAUUUGCUUAUUACGCACAGAUAUGGUCCAUUUGUUCAUCCUACACUAAAUAAAAGUUGAAAAUGUG